AUGUCAUUAAAGAAAACUAUGCGUUCAAUUAAUAAAAAACUUAAUAGAUCAGAUUCAUUAAAAUCUGAUAUUUCAUCACCAAUUCAAAAUGAUUCUGUGAAAUCUGAAUCAGCUUCAAUUGAUAUUUCUCAAGAUUCAAAAACAGAAACAGAAAAUACUUCUAUUCAAUCAAGUAAUCAAGAUGAAGAAGUAGAAGAUGAAGAACAAGAAGGUGAAGAUGAUACAAAAUCUAAUGAUUCAUUAUUACCAGAUAUCAAGAAAAAUCCACCAGAAGAAAUUGCAACAACUGCAAUGAACUUAGGUAUACUAUUUGGAUUUGCCUUGGGGGUUUCAGUCUUCUCAUCGUAUAAACCACCAGCGUUUUAUUUAAUGUCAUUAUCAUUAUUUCAUUUCUUAGAGUUUUUUGUUACAGCAAAAUAUAACCCUAGAAAAGUUCACAAGGAAUCAUUCAUUAUAAAUAAUGGUUCAUCAUAUACAUUAGCUCAUACAAUUGCAAUAAUUGAAGUUGCAAUUGAAUUUUAUUUUUUCCCAAAUUUUAAAAAAUCUUAUCCUUUAGUUAAAACUUUGGGUGUAUUACUUGUUAUUUUUGGUCAAAUAUUAAGAAGUUGGGCAAUGAUUACUGCUGGUAAAUCAUUUAGUCAUUUAAUUUCAAUAAAUCGUCAAGAUGAUCAUGAAUUAGUUACAACUGGGAUUUAUUCAGUUUUUAGACAUCCAAGUUAUACAGGAUUUUUCUGGUGGGCCGUGGGGACUCAAUUAGUAUUAGUUAAUCCAAUUUCAAUUGUGGGAUUCAUUUUAAUCUUGUGGUUUUUCUUUAAAAAUAGAAUAGAAUUUGAAGAAAAAUUCCUUAUCAAAUUUUUUGGUGAAAAAUAUGAAGAUUAUAGAAAAACUGCAUCUGUUUAUAUUCCAUUUAUUAAUUAA